GGACAGGUGUCCUGGAGACAAGAUGAUGCCCAGAAAGAAGCUGCUGACUUUGGAGUCAAUGAAUCAGAGUGUUCGAGGCGUGGUGGUCCCUAUCCUGGGAUCCCUGUCAGUCCGUGCUGUGGAGAUCCAGAGAGAGAUUGAGGAGGGGAUACACAAACCUUUUGGGAAAAUAACCGCCUGUCACCUGGGGGACAAUCAGUCCAUGGGACAGAGACCAGUGACCUUCCUGAGACAGGUGGCUGUCCUCUGCACUUACCCCGACCUGCUGGACAGCCCUCACUUCCCGGAGGACGCUAAGCGCAGAGCCCGGGCGCUCAUGAAGGAACUGGACGGCGGUUCUGUGGGCAGCUAUAAUCUCUUUAUGUACAUCGGUAAGACACUGCCCCACAAGAUCGCCAACUUCAUAAAGAGAAGGGACGGAGGGGUCCCCUGUGACCCCAGAAACAUUAUUGUAUCCAGUGGAGCCUCACAAGCCAUUGUGAGCGUGUUAUCCCUGGUGGUAAAUAAUGAGGAAGCCCUGAAAACAGGGAUCAUGGUAUCCGUUCCCCACUACACGGUCUAUGUGGAUGCAAUUGCGCUGUGUGAAGCGGUGAAAGUACAAUACAAGCUGGAGGAAGAGAAUGGCUGGUCUGUGAAUGUGACCAAUAUCCGGACGUCUCUGCAUGAAGCGAGGAAACACUGUCACCCAAAGGUCCUCUGUGUCAUUAACCCUGGGAACCCCACAGGACAUGUACUGAGCAGGGAAAUUAUGGAGGAGGUGAUACAUUUGGCGUCUGAAGAGAACUUGCUGCUCUUUGCUGAUGAGGUCUACCAGGAGAACGUCUUUGGUCCAGGAGCCGCUUUUCAUUCCUUCAAGAAAGUUCUCUUUGAAAUGGGGCCUCGCUACUCAGAAAGGGUCCAGCUCGUGUCUUUCAAUUCCAUCUCCAAGGGGAUCAGCGCAGAGUGCGGCUUACGUUCUGCUUACAUUGAGUUUGUGAACAUUGAUCCGUCGGUGUUUGAGAUAUUACACAGCCUGAAAUCCUUUAAUGAGCCUCCUGUUCUUGGGGCGCUGAUGAUGGACGUGAUGUUGGAUCCCCCACAGCCAGGAGACCAGUCUUAUGAGACCUACAUAGCGGAGAAGCGGGACCUUCUGAAUAACCUGGCAGAGAAGGCUCAUCUGACAGAGGAGAUACUGAAUAGCGCCCCAGGAUUCCGAUGUAACCCCAUCCACGGAGCGCUGUACGCCUUUCCCAGUAUCCAGAUCCCAGAGACUGCUGUCAGGCUGGCGCAGGAUCGAGGCCUAGAACCAGAUGUGUUCUUCUGCCAUCUCCUGCUGGAGGACACGGGCAUCUUACUGAGCGCUGGAAGCAGCUUCGGACAAGUAGAAACCUACCACUUCAGGUUAUCUCUGCUCCCUCCCAUCGAGGAACUGAAAUGUAUUCUAGAAAAGAUCACUGAGUUCCAUGGAAGGUUUAUGGCGGAAUAUUCCUAAGAGGCAGAACACCUGGAGAUCCGCCAUAAAGAUCCUCUCAGCACAGUCCUCACCCAUGAACCACUACACCCUCUGAGUACUCCCUCCAAGGUCAUCCUCCAAGCAUACCCUCCAAGUACACCUUCUAACUAUAGUACUCCCUCCGAGUACUCCCUCCAACUACAGUACUCCCUCCAACUACAGUACUCCCUCCAAGGUCAUCCUCCAACUAUAGUACUCCCUCCAACUACAGCACUCCGAGUACUCCCUCUGACAACACCCUCAAUAGACAACCUAUGAUUACUCCCACUGACUAUACCCUUCAAGUUCUCUGACUACACCCGCUAACUUCACCCUCCAAGUACUCCCUCUUACUACACCCUGUGAGUACUCCCUCUGACUACACCCUAUGAGUACUCCCUCUGACUACACCCUAUGAGUACUCCCUCUGACUACGCCCUGCGAGUACAGUACUCCUUUUGACUAUACCCUCCAAGUUCUCUGACUACACCCGCUAAUAUCACCCUCCAAGUACUGUGAGUACUCCCUCUGACUACACCCUGUGAGUACUCCCUCUGACUACGCAAUGUGAGUACUCCCUCUGACUACGCCCUGCGAGUACUCCCUCUGACUACGCCCUGCGAGUACUCCCUCUGGCUACGCCCUGCGAGUACUUCCUCUGACUAUGCCCUGUGAGUACUCCCUGUGAGUACUCCCUCUGACUACGCUCUGUGAGUACUCCCUCUGAGUACGCCCUCUGACUACGCCCUGUGAGUACUCCCUCUGAGUACUCCCCCUGACUACGCCCUGUGAGUACACCCUCUGACUACACCCUGUGAGUACUCCCUCUGACUACACCCUGGUAAUACUCCCUCUGACUACACCCUGUGAGUACUCCCUCUGACUACAGCCUGUGAGUACUCCCUCUGACUACGCCCAGUGAGUACUCCCUCUGACUACACCCUGUGAGUACUCCCUCUGACUACACCCUGUGAGUACUCCCUCUGACUACACCCUGUGAGUACUCCCUCUGACUACGCCCAGUGAGUACUCCCUCUGACUACACCCUGUGAGUACUCCCUCUGACUACGCCCUGUGAGUACUCCCUCUGACUACACCCUGUGAGUACUCCCUCUGACUACGCCCUGUGAUUACUCCCUCUGACUACGCCCUGUGAGCACUCCCUCGGAUAUUUCCCUGGAAAUCACCACACACAGUAUAGACUCUUCUUAGUCUCAGGUGUCCUGCAUUUCCAAUGAUCGCUUCAGAGUUCUGAGAUGAGUCCCUGGACAAGUCCCCAUUUAUCAGUCCUGCACAAUAAAAUGUAUGU